AUGGCCAAUGAACACUACUUUAUAGGUAUUGACGCUGGGAACUGGGGUAAAGAUAACACUAUAUACAUUUCGGCUCGAGCACCUCAAUCUGUAGAUGAAGCAUUUAAUUAUGAAGAUAACAAGUUGAAUGUUAUAUUAUGGGCUAAUCAUCGAGCGACGGAUCAAGCAAAUCGUAUCAAUGCAACACACCAUUCUGUACUUUGUUAUGUAGGGAAUACUAUCAAAAAUUUACCUUCUGAGAAAUGGGCUUCCAAAGCAACGGGUUUAUUAGCUCAUUCUGCCUGUUCUUUGACCUAUAAAUGUUCUUAUUUACCCUCUCCUGUGGGCCAAGGACAAGAUAUUGGUGAGCUUGUAAGCUCUGCCGUAAUUGAUGCUUAUGCAGGAGCCAUUGCUACCUUGAUAGAUGAGAUGUUACAAUCACCUGAGAAAAGUCUUCAAAUUCAAGGGUCGAGUCGAUUAGCCAUUAUUUGCGGUACUUUGAGUUGCCAUAUUACCAUGUCUCCUAAAUCUAUCUUUGUUCCUGAAGCGGAAGAGAAAGCAAAAAUAGCCAACCAAACGAUUUAUUCAUUUUUAUCGAAUUCUCUUUCAAGACUUCAAACCCAACAAGGUCUUUCCUAUUUAGAAGACUUGACCCAAUAUCUACAUAUAUCAGAUCCUAGUUUACGAGGAUCCAUGGUGGGUAUCUCACUUGAUAAAAGUAUAGAUGACUUGGCCAUAAAAUAUAUGGCUACUUUACAAGCUAUUUCCUGUCAGACACUUCAUAUCAUUGAAACAUUAAAUAAAGAAGGAUAUAAGAGUGAUACUCUUUGUAUUUCUUUAUUUAUACGACUUUUAGCAGACAUGACUCAAUGUCGAAUCUUUAUGCCUGAAUUAGUAGAGAGUGCUGUUGUUAUUAGUACUGCAGCAGGUUCUAGUGUGUUACCAAGAACGGAUGAAGGAAUCAAGAAAAUAAAUCAACGUUGUUAUAAAGUCUUUUUAGCCAUGUUCGAUGAUCAAAAGAAAUAUCGUCAAAUGAUGAAUGAAUAAAAUGAAUCUUUUUAUCUGAUUUUAAUUACUAAUAAAACUUUCAUUCUUUAUGACAGGAAAAGAUGACAGCAGUUAUUGUUAUAAAUAAAUAUAAAACUGACACAUUUAACAUUG